UUUUUCUCUCUCAUUUUAACCUCCCAGCAGGGCAGCUGGGCUGAGGUCGCCGUCGGGUGACGGCCUGCGUCCGGGCUGUGCCGCAAAGUUUUUCCUGCGGGGUGUAAAGUUACGAGCGUCCAGGACACACCUCCGGAGGGAGGGGGGAGUUUCCCGGGGAGGUGCGGAGCGCAGGAGGCGAACCCCUCUCCUGCAGACAGCCCCUUUCGGGUGCACAGAGCGGUCGUGUCGGGCCGCCACGGAGCGCGCUUUCAGAAGCAGGGGGUCGUGCCCAGAAGUUGGGGAGGAGGAGGAGGUGGAGGAGGAGGGGGGCGAGAGGACAUGCCCGGGAUGGGCAACUCUUUACGCGCAGCUGCCCUCCUGGCUUUCGUGGUUCUUUCCAUCCUGGUGUCGCUCCUGAUCGGCAGCGUGCGCCAGUUCGGGACGAGCGCGUCGCGCUUCCCAAACGCGAGCCUCUCCGGGGGCGAGGAGGAGCUGGCCCUGCUCCACCAGCUCCGAGAGAGGCGACGAGAAAUCGUCCCGCUGCUCUCACCUGAGGGCGAGGACCGGGAUGGCUCCUCUCCGCGAGUCCAAGACGCGAUUCUCGACUCCGGCUUGUGGGAUGAGAUCACUCUUGGCUCCAGGAAAGCGCAUCUGGAUCAAAUGAGCUGCGACUCUCUGGUGGACAUGCGGGCAGUGGAGGUCCUGGGCUCCGGAUACACCAAGCUGGUGGUCAAAGUGCAUCUGGCCGGAGGACAGCUCGUGGCGUUGAAACUCGUCAACGAGAAGGGGAUAGACAUGAGCAAGUGUUUGGAGGACUUCGGGGACCCGCAGGGCUGCCGCGAGCUCGUUUCCUACAAGCUGAAGAAAGAAAUGGUGCUGUUGCAAAGGCUGCAGCAUCCUAACGUCAUAAAGCUCAAGGGUCACUGUGCUGGAGUCCAGGGAGGAAGAGGAGUGGACGCGGGCCGACCUGCGGUCAUUCUGGAGCAGGGGGAUCCUCUCCAGAUGAUCCAGCUGCUGCAGAGCCCCUGGGAGGACCGGUUCAGGGUGUGUCUGGACCUGGUCCGGCUCCUGCACUUCCUGUCGCGGUCUCCGCUGGGCUCCGUGGGGCUGCUGGACUUCCAGCCGCGGCAGUUUGUGACGGUGGGCGGUCAGCUGAAGCUCACCGACCUGGACGACGCCAGCGCCCGGGAGACGGCGUGCGGGGCCGACGCCGACUGCACCCUCCGCUUCCCCCACAGAAACUUCACCCUGCCCUGCUCAUCCCGGGGGCUGUGCGAGGGACUGAACGAGAAGAGGAACAUUUACAAUGCCUACAGGUAUUUCUUCACCUACCUGCUGCCCCACCAGGCCCCGCCCGGCCUCACACACCUGGUCGACCACAUCAUGAACACCACAGGGGAGCUGAAGGCCGACAUCAAUCAGACGCUGGAAGCCUUUGAACACAUCCUCCUGCUGUACAAGUCAGGCCUACACCUGGACAACCUGCCUCCAUCAAUAAUCAGAGAUUACGCUGUGAUGCGAGGCAUGGGGGCGUCCGGGACUGUGGAGUACCGCUGCUGGCCGUCCUACAGCCAGCAGGGCUGCGUGCUGUCCGUCCACAGCGCCAGGGAGGCAGCGCACAUCUGCAACUCCCACUCCCAGUGCAGCAGCUUCGCUCUGACGGGCCAGAAGACCUGGACGGGCCGCCUUUUGGCCUCUUUCAAAAGCAGUUUCAGUCACCUGGUGCCCGACAGAACGUCGGAGGUGUAUGUGAAGAAACCCAAAGCUCCCGAAGUUCCCUCGUUGUGACACGUGGUCGAAGCCGGACGCUCUCAUUGGGGCUGGAGUUUCUGCGGAGCGGGGACUGUUCGGCAGCUGGAGGGGAAGCAGAGGUCCGGGGCUGGAGAGAAGCGCUCUGUGCCCCCCCCCCCCCCCCCACACCCCCACCCCCGCGUGCAUGAAUGAGGAGCAGCAUGUAAAGGCCGGGCAGCUGGAAGUCAGCAACUGAAUGUGGCGUAUUUAUAAGGCUUCUGCUCGCUGAGCGUUUGAUCUGCCUGCCAGCUCGCCGCCUCUGCCAGCUACUAUUUAAAGGGAUUUCCCUUCAGGUACAGUUAAGGAGGGAGAGCCUUGUGCCCUUGACAAGUUUUUUUUUUUUUUUCUUUCCCUACUUUGACUUUAUUUGCCAUGUGUGUUGGCUUUUCUUAUGAGAUCAAGUCCCGGCGGUCAGAUUUUUAAACCAAGCCGGUAAUAAGAGCGGCCGCUGCAGCUCAGCGCUUGGAGCCGCAGGACAAGAAAAGAAAACAAGCUCUUAUACAAAUACACUUUGAUGUAUUAUGCUCUGAGGUCGAGGCAGUUUUUUUCAUGGUUGUCUGGUUUAAGUUGAGCUGCGCUAGGAUAUGGCAACAACCCUGUUAGCAUUUACACAUCAACGACGAGCGAAAAGAGGAUUAAAACCAUUCCAAAACACUGUUUUUACGUACCUUUAACUAUAGUGUUUAGUUCGUUGAUAUUUAUACAAUCAAACGAAAUGUGAUUAUUCUUACAUGUUUGUGCAUUACGGUUUAUGUGCACCUUGUGGGUGAAAGUUUUAUUUUCAAUGAAAAAUUAUUCACUUCAGUGUUUUAUAUGCUUCACUUGUGACUGUACAAUUUGUCAUUUAUAAAACAAAUGUUUCUACUUUUUACAGUUGUGGCCAUUUGCAUUUUUAUUGUAUAAAGUUUAACUGCAGCUAACAGCCUGUUUAUUUCUCAUUAGCACCAUUGUGUGUGUGUUUGUGUG